AUGGCAACAUCUUCCUCUUCGUCCUCCGGUCUGCCGGGCGGAGCAGAGGGCGGCUCCCGGUAUGGAAAGACGUUGAAGAACGGCGUGGUUGUCGACUGCCCGGACCACGCACAAGAGUUUCAUGUCUACCAGGACGGACAGGCUUUGUACAACGCGAAAUUGAACCAGACCUCUUUAUCGCGCAAUAACAACAAAUACUACAUCAUCCAGCUGCUGGAACACGACCUGAAGCGGGGGAGCCUGUUCGUGCUGUGGACCCGGUGGGGACGCCAUGGCUACGAGGGACAGCACGCCAACGUCAUUUUCAGUACUGUCACGCACCCGAGGAAUCUGAAAGAAGCGGCCCUCCAAGCGUUUACGCAGAAGUUCUACGACAAGACCGCGAACCACUUCGGGAAGGAACCCUUCACACACGUCGACGGAAAGUACCAGUACUUGCCGCCGGGAAAGAACCCGGCCGCCCCCGGCUCCACGAAAACCAGCCACCAACCUAGCACCCUCCCAGAAUCGCUCCAGGUGCUCAUGGAGCUUAUCUGCGACGAAGGUAAGCAACUGCUUCCGGCGCGUAGAUCUUACCCAAGAUAGACAGUGUUGGUAGGUGAUGUAGUAGUAGUUUCCCAAAAACUUGUCAAUGCGCAACAGUUUUAUUCUUGGCCGUUCUGCUUCUGCUUCAUUCAAAAAUAUCACAGAUUCAUGCGCACCACAUCGCGCCUGGUGCCCAUGGGUGCAAAGUGGCCCGCGCAUGCAUGAUAUCAUGAUGCUUCAAUUGUUUUAUCAAGUUGUAUGAGUCAUUCCUUCGUACAGAUCUGCUGGAACAAGAGAUUUUCGACAUCGGACUCGACACCGCGCGACUUGAUCUCGGAACGGUGUCAGAGAAGGUUUUGGAGGAGGCAUUCGCGGUGCUGAAGCGAAUCAAUACCGAACUGCACCAGCUGGACGGAGCCAGCCAGUCAAAGCUGAGCACUCUCACGUCGCAGUUCUUCCAGUUCAUUCCGCACUACACAGGCUUCAAGAAGAUGGAAGUACUUACGUACGUAUGUUUUGAUUUCGAGACGAGUCUGUGUCCGUCUCUCGUGGUCGCGCUUGAGAACAGUAAGUACUCAAAUCUGUUCUGCACAUUCCCCGCUGGUCGUGUGCUGGUCUCUUCUAGCUAUGAUGUUUCGCGCAUUGGUGUCGGUGUCAUGUGAUGGUCGUUGAGUCGUGAAUUGAAAACACUUAAUUGUACAGAAUUUCAUCAUCAACACGCCGCAACGACUGGCGGAGGAGGUAACGAAUCUCCGGAGACUCCAGGAGGCGGUUGAGAGUUACCGGGUCAUCGCUCAGCGGGCUUCUUCCAGUGCCAAGUUGGAAAUCACAGAUCACCCCCACGACGUGAGGUACAAGAAGUUCAAGUACCGGCUUCGCCCUCUGGAGCCUGCGCACACCAUCCCCACCCUGGUGAACUACGUCACCCGAAACCUGCACGCGCUGCGACACCGCUCCUUUUCGUUGAAGCUCGAGCAGGUGUUUGCAUUAGAGAAUCCCACCGAAGACCUGGACCCAUGUGACCUGCCCAACAAGCAGCUGCUUUGGUACGGCGGACCGUUGCGGCAGUGGGCGCGCCUUUUGACGCAGGGCCUGCAGCUGCCCACCGCCUCCCCCGGCCUGACCGGAACCGACGGCAAAAAAACCUCGGACGCCUGGUGCGAAGACCUCCCGUUGGAUUGGGAGGAGCUGCAGGGCUCUCUCGGGGGCCCCGCACUGUAUCUGCAGGACUGCCUCAGUUACGCGGCCUGGCGGUGCGACGCCACGGAAAACGAAAACCGCGGCCUGGCCUUGUUGUGCGAAGUCUCGCUGGGACACGUCCGGACGUCCACACGACCCGAACCCGGAUUGAGCAAGGCGGCCAUGUGGCAGGAGGGGAUGAAUUCGGGCCUGGCACUCGGGUGCGAACAGGCGCACCAGUGGGUGAGCUUUUCGCCUGCCAUGCUGGAGGCCUACGCCGCUGGUGUUGAGCCGCCGCCAGCUCCGGGUCCCGCCGAGGGGGAAAAGGACGGUCCCGCGCCCAUGGACGUAGACGGCGGGGCAGACGCAGGAGUGGCUCUCGACAAGGUGGAGAACCAGACCGUUACAAAUGCGAAAGAGCUGCCCGAAGAGGAAAACAUAGUAUUCGCGGUGGGAGAUCUGCAAGAGGCCGAGAUGGAGCGGGAAACACGUUUUGCGCUAAACGAGUACGCCGUCUACGAUCGCACUCAAGUCGUCCCGAGAUUCCUCUGCCAAUUCGAGUUUUCAUUUCCGCCACAAGGACAAGAAUGACAAAACGCAUCGGAUGUCAUCAAAAUGAGACGAAGAUGGAUCAACAAUUUAAGUAGCGGCCGCAGCUGCUACUACGAGUGGCACGCAACCACGCGCAUGUGCAUAUAGAGGGACUGAUCAACAAGUGCAAAGUAACUUCGUGUGCUCGUGCGUCUGCGAGUUCGAACCAGG